AUGCCGGGACUUAGUGUAACUCUCGUUCACUCGCGGGAUAUGCUUCUGUCCUCAGAACCAAUCCCCGACAACAACAAGGAAAAGACUCUUGAGCUGUCAAAGGAGACUGGGUUUCAGAUAUUGAUGAAUCAUCCUUUAAGCCAAAUUACUGAUGGGCAGACUUUGGAUGGACGCUUCGAAUUUCGACUUGAGUUUAGCAAUGGCACUCAGAUUGUGACUAGCAGAGUUAUACGCGCCAUCUCGCAGGGUCAUCCCUCGACCGAGUAUCUUCCAGCAUCAGCUCUUGAUUCAAAUGGUUACAUGGAGGUCUUGCCAAAUUUGAAUUGGAAACCGGGAACGCCAAACUACCAAGACCAUUUCUCAGCGGGCGAUGUAGUGCGAUGGUCAGGGAUAAAACGAUGUAGUGGCGCGAUGCACAUGGGUCAAUUGGUUGCGCAGAAUAUCCAUCGGCGCAUCAUGCAGAAACUAACAGGCCGGGCUCCAGAGAUGAAGAACUUGGAAGGAUUCUCGCCCAUGAUUGCUGUUGCCCUCGCCAAGAAGGCUGUUGCGUAUGCGCCACACACGAUUGUUACAUGGGGAGACGAUGUGCUGCAAACAUGCUUUGGGGACAAUAUGGCAUUUUCAUUACUAUGCAGCUCGAUGGCUCCCGCACAAUGGAAGAAGAGCUUGACCGAGGUGUAA